GUGUGGGGGUGUGUGCAAGGGGGGGCGUAUGGGAGGAGAAUGGGGAAGGUCCGCGACUUGCCUGCGGAAUCCGGGCUCGCUCCGUGAGGGAACGACAGUGCAGCCCCAUGCCAUGGCACUCCUGGCCCUGGGGGCGGCUAGCCCUGGUGUCAGUGCCGGGCGCCCACCCCCGGCCCGGGCAGCUCCGACUGGCUCCCCCAAAUCGCCUCCGUUCCCAUCGGUCAGUCUGUAUUUCCAGUGACUUGUUUGGCAGCUGAUGGCACCUGGCAGGGUGUGCGCCGGCUGUUGGAAUUCUCGUUUCUCCCCCGGAGCGUGCGUCUGCUGUUGCGUUGCCAUUACGCUCCACCGGCCAAGGCCCAAAUGUGUGACAAGAACCCUGUCUGCGUGUGAGAUGCAUCAGAAAUAGCAGAGCAGGGUGCUUCGAAAUAUAUGGGGGUCAUUCCAUUAAUAUGUACAGCAUAACGUUUGCUGUAAUCUUAGUUUCAAGAUUCAGCAUUUCCAGCAGUCGGAAUAAACGUACAGUAAUAAACAGCGGGAUAAUGCCAGGGUUCCGAUCCUGCAACUGCCACCGUCGCAAUGGUCCCCUGUGCCCAUUUAGCAGCAGUUAGGAACUGGGGCCCCUGUUAGUGUGGGUUGGGUCACUCUAAUAAGUGAUAUAAUGGUUAAUGAGGCAGAGUGGAGAGGUGAAAAAGGGUGUUUUAAGGUUCCAUUAAUGUUCAUGCAACACUUUGAAAUCUUUGGAUGAAAGAAGCUUGAUGAGCAAAAUAGAAAAGAUUGUUUUAAUUAUUAUUUAAUCAGCACCUAAUGUGCGUUAGGUGCUUCACAGGGCAUAGAAAAGGCAGUCCCUGCUCUGAAUUGCUUCCAGUCUAAGCAUAAACUGAUGACAGGGAUUUUAAAUAAAAAUGCAAUUAAAAAAAUUGUUUAUUUCUCCUCUUCACCUCUAGUUUCUGAUCAUGGGCUAUUCUCUUUCUCUGUUCCUGCAUGGCACUGGCUUUCCCUGCAUAACUACACUUCUUUUAAUGUGGUCUCUCCUGCUUCAUAGAUUUCUGACCAGAAGCUCUGUGUGUGUAUGUGAGAUGGUAAGGCUCAUGUAUCCAGUGCUGAGUUUGACCAAACUGACCUAAACAAUCCUAGAUCACAGAGCACUCUCCUAAUGACGCCUUUCUUCAUGCCACUGCCUGGGUGCCAAGCCACAGGUCUUUUUUGGUUGUUUUCAGUUUUCUUUUCUCCCCUUCAUUAUGGCUUUGAGUUUAGAGUCAGUCCCCAAAUCAGUGCUUUCCGACUAUUUCACUGAUUCAGCAGCAUGCGCUUGAACCUGUGUUAGGUUCAUACUUCCUCUCCAAAUGACCCAAUGGGAUCAUUUAACCACAACAAUAUGAAUGACAGCAGUUUUGUAACGUUAUGAGUGAUAUUUUAGAUGUCUAAUUGAAACAAUCACGGCCAAAUCCUUCCUCAUGAGACAGGAUUUGAAGACUUCCUCUCAGUUUAAUCCCAAAUGAGGGAGUCUCUUUCCAGAUGAGUGAGACACAGUGGAGAUGGAAGGCCUGGGCAUCCAGAUGGCACAUGCUAUGUAAAGCAGCUUGGAUAGGAGUCUCUUUCUUCCCCAGUCUGCUUCCAGCCUCUGUGGUCUAUGGUUCUCAUCCUGUGGAGGUCUGAUUGUGGGAUGCACUAGGUCUCAUUCUAAUCUAAGUUAUGAAGGUUUAAAUCAAAUAAUUCCACUGAAAUCCACUGGUGGAAAAACUGGUGCAAGAUGAGAAUCAGGCUGAACAACUGAACAAAGACUCUGAAUAUCUUUGCUAUUUGUUGUACGGUGGUAGCACUUUUGAAGGCCCCAAUCAAGAUCACAGCAGUGCAAUAAGAGUGUGAUGCAAUAAGAGCGUGAUGCACAGGAGAACAGGCCCUGAGGUGUCGAUCUCCUUUGGAGCCCUAUGCCAUGAUUACAUCUCACAAGACCUGGGAUCUGGGAACUAUUCCCUCAUUGAAAGACCUGUGGAAAAAGGACCUCACUCUUGACCGGAGUGGACAAGAUUCACUCCUCAGUGACAGGGAAGAGGACUCGUCUGUCCAAACGUCUGUGGUGCCUGCAUUGAUCCAACAUAAAACCCUCAGUGUGAACUGGUGCAGCGCUGCAAGUCCACAAGGCCUCUACCUGACUGUGCAGGCCUUGCAGGACAAGUUGUGCAAGGACAAGAGUCAGGUGAAGAACGAAGAGACUCAUCAUCAGCUACAGACUCAGUGUAGGACCCAGAAGCUGGGCAUAGAGAAGAGGCCGGAGUCUGCUCACAACUGGGACGCUGGAGCACAGGGCCAGGAAGCCUGCAGCAUGAACGCUGAGAAAACAGGUGGAAGAUUCUUCAGUGGGAAAUGCUCCAGCUUGUCAGGAGCACGUCAGUUUCCUAUGAUCCAAAAGAUGGUGGAAUCUAUGGCCCAGUUGCAGGAGGAGAAGCUGCAGCUGCAGGAAGAGCUGCUGGCACUGCAGGAGAAACUUUCUGCACGGCAGAAUGAAGAACUUGCUGUGUCUGUCCAACUGCAAGAUCAGGUUGAAAAUCUGAAGGGGAAACUCCUGGAUCAAGCUCAGGAAGUGAACAGACUCCGUUCUGAGUUGGGAGGCACUGACUUGGAAAAGCAUCGGGAUCUGCUCGUUGCAGAGAACGAACACCUGAAGGAAGACAUGAAGUCACGCGAGGCAGAGCUGCAGAAGCUGGGAACGCAGCAUGUGAAAUGCAUUGACUGCGAACACAUCCAGGAGAAUGCAAGGCUGCAAGAAAGGGUGGCCCAGCUGCAGCUGGAGGCGGAGGAGGCUAAAGGGAGGCUGUCGGAGCUGGACGUGGAAGUGCAGCAGAAGACCAACCGCCUGGCAGAGGUAGAGCUGCGCUUGAAGGACUCCCUUGCAGAGAGGGCUGAGGAGGAGGAGCGACUCAGCAGGAGGCUACGGGACAGCCAGGAGACUAUAGCUAGCUUGAAAGCCCAACCCCAGCAGAUAAAGUAUAUCAUCAAAACGGUGGAAGUGGAGUCAUCCAAGACAAAGCAGGCUCUAUGUGAGACCCAGUCACGGAAUCAGUACUUGCAGGAGCAAGUGGGGAUGCAGAGACAGGUGCUAAAGGAGAUGGAACAGCAAUUACAGAAGUCUCAGAAGACUGCAGCCCAGCUCAGAGCCCAGAUUAUGAUGUAUGAGUCUGAACUGGAGCAGACACAUGGACAGAUGCUGGAGGAGAUGCAGAACAUGGAAGAUGACAAGAACCGGGCCAUUGAAGAAGCAUUUGCACGAGCUCAACUAGAAAUGAAAGCUGUGCAUGAGAACCUGGCAGGGGUCCGGACAAACCUUCUCACACUACAGCCAGCACUCCGAACCCUUACCAAUGAUUACAACAGCCUGAAACGCCAGGUCCGAGACUUCCCCCUGCUACUGCAGGAAGCUCUGCGGAAUGCCAAGGCAGAGAUUGGACAAGCUAUUGAGGAGGUGAACAGCACAAAUCGGGAGCUACUCAGGAAAUACCGCAGGGAGCUGCAACUCCGGAAAAAAUGUCACAACGAACUGGUGCGGCUGAAAGGAAAUAUCCGUGUGUUUGGCCGAGUCCGGCCAAUAACUAAAGAGGAUGGGGAAGGGCCUGAAGCAGCCAACUCGGUGACCUUUGACCCUGACGAUGAUGCUAUCUUGCACCUGAUGCACAAGGGGAAGCAGGUGUCAUUUGAAUUGGACAAGGUUUUCUCCCCACAGGCAACACAGCAAGAUGUAUUCCAGGAAGUUCAGGCCCUGAUCACAUCCUGUAUUGAUGGCUACAAUGUCUGUAUAUUUGCCUAUGGACAGACAGGUGCAGGCAAGACAUAUACAAUGGAGGGAACUCCUGAAAACCCAGGAAUCAACCAGCGAGCUCUCCAGCUCCUCUUCUCCGAGGUGCAGAGGAAAGCGUCUGACUGGGGCUACACUAUCACUGUCAGUGUGGCGGAGAUUUACAACGAGGCGCUCAGGGACUUGCUUGGGAAGGAGCCUCAGGAGAAGCUGGACAUCAAACUGUGCCCGGAUGGCAGCGGGCAGCUGUAUGUACCAGGACUGACUGAGUUCCAGGUGCGAAGUGUGGAGGAUAUUAACAAGGUAUUUGAAUUUGGGCACUCAAACAGAGUGACUGAGUACACCAGCCUCAAUGAGCACAGCUCACGGUCUCACGCCCUCCUCAUCGUCACAGUAAGAGGACUUGACUACAGCACAGGACUUAGAACCACAGGGAAGCUGAACCUGGUGGACUUGGCUGGAUCUGAGCGGGUAGGCAGGUCUGGUGCAGAGGGAAGCAGGCUCCGGGAGGCCCAGUACAUCAACAAGUCGCUGUCAGCACUAGGAGAUGUGAUUUAUGCUCUGCGCGCCCGCCAGGGUCACGUGCCAUUCCGCAACUCCAAACUGACCUACCUACUCCAAGACUCCCUCAGCGGAGAUAGCAAAACCCUCAUGAUGGUACAGGUCUCUCCAGUGGAGAAGAACACAAGUGAGACUCUCUGUUCCCUAAAGUUUGCUGAGAGGGUUCGCUCUGUGGAACUGGGCCCUGUAUCCCGGAGAGCAGAACUAGGGUCCUGGUCUAGUCAGGAGCACUUAGAGAAUGAUUCAGCAGUGGCAGCACAGCCCUCCAUUCGAACACAUUCUUCUCCUAGCUCCGGGACCCCUUUAAGACGAGCAGGCUCAUUCCGGAGGAAGCUCCAGACCUCAGGAAAGCUGAGGCCAGUCCCCGUGUGAUGGACACACUCAGCUGGGGAACAGGAUCUGCUCCAGUCCCAAUGAGUUAAUGCUGUGAAGGAGAACUCUUGCGUUUCAAGAGAUCCGAAAACGGAAAGAGACUCUUCUCCUCCUCCACACCUCUCCCACUGGAUUGACAAUGCACAGUACUGUGCCCUGUCACACGUUCAGGAGCAAGCAGGACUCUGUGGGAUCCAAGAGCCAAAGGUGAACACAGUUCUCUCCAGGCUCCCGAGCAGAGGCAGAAGCUCUUGAAAGCAUGGACACAAGGCUGCUCCACUGCAGAUGUGAAGCCAGGUAGUCGGGUGCCGGUUCUCCUUCCUCCAUCUCUGAACCAAGACUCCUGCAGAAAUAAAGCCCCACCUGGAGACUCGUGUUGCCAGAUAGGGGCACCAAGCUUGGCAGUGCACAGUGUGGACUCCAUUGCUGGCAAUGGAUGCCCCUGGAGCUGGAUUCUGGUGGACCUGAGCCCAGGGGCUUUUACCUGCCUACCUGUGGCACUUAUGCAUGUACACUUUUAUUUGCCAUAUGGAGGUUUUUAGUGGAUUUGAAGGGAGAUUAGAGCUGCCGGGGGCCUCUCCCAUCUCACUGCCCCGGCUUUAUUUGUAAAUGAAUAAAGAGCAUCACCAAGCUGUUGGUUUAAAACCUACCAACCAACCAAAUGUGUCUGCUUUCCUCUGUGCAACGACCAGGGCUGCGUCUAUUCGGAUCUAUUCAUGGCUGUCCGGCUGCUGCCAGAGUGAGGGCUGUGGAAGGGAAGAUCACUGUGGAAGUUUCAUGCCACUGUCUUCAUCGCCUCAUAGAUAGCUGGGGUAAAGCUUGUGUAGGUGUCAGCUGGUCGGGACAACCUAGACAGGAGGUAAUUUACGACAGGGACGUCCUCAUUGGCCCUGGUUCAAACUUCAUGCCGACAUACUUGCACACAUGCUAUUUCAUUGUAUUCUGCUGCCCGACCCACAACACAGCGAGAGGAGAAGCGUGAAUUUCAGAGGGGACAGUGUGUGCCUCUCAUUCUUGAAUUUAAACAGCAUUUGGGGAUCCAGAAGGGCCAUAAUUUGCUUGGCUAAAGCUCACAAUCCGUUCACUUUGAAGCGGUCUUCCACUCAUUUUCACAUCUGCAAACUGCAGAGGGGACUGUCCUUUUCACCCACUUUUCCUAAAAAUACAAGCAGUACCUUCUUCUGAACCCCCAUUGCUGUUUCUCAGGCAGUCCUCCCCCCCUCCACCAAUCAUCUCCUUAGUUGAUUAUAGCUGCGGAGGGUGGGGAUAGCCACACAGGAAAGCAAGUUUGCUGAUCAUUAUGGUAAAUGUUGAGGCAGAAAUGUUUUAGCCCUUCCCUGCUGGUUGUCUUUUAGCAGAACUUUUCUAAGGAGCAGGCACUCUGCCAUGACGAGUCCUGCAACCUCUGUGUAUAAAAGCAGCAGCCAGCCACCACUAAAACCAGCUGAACUGUCUGCCUUAAACCAAGGAUUCCUCAAAGCCAGCCAGAGUUCCUUGGAUCCAACUCUAGAGGCAAAUGAAGCUCUUUAAGUGACUUUCAUACCUUUAUCCAUCUGGCAGGAGAGGGGUAGCGAGGUUAAAGUUAAGAGCUGAGAAAAGCAACUACUGCCUUUAAACUGGUGUUUUCCUUGUAGCAGUGACCCAGGCUUCCAGCUGUCUAGCAGAUAUAACUUGGUACUGCUCUGCAGGAUGCAGCAGCCAGGUGGUAACUGAAUAGCAGAGCUUUCUUGCUUGCCAAAGACCAAGGGGAUCUUAACACUGGGUUUAGAUCCAGGAAAGGAUUGAUUCAGUUUUCUAUCUGUCUCCCUGAGCCCUACUCCUGCAGAAACGUACGCGCCAAAGUCUCCCAUAUGUAACCAGGGCAUCUACUAUUUAUUUUGUAUAGUCCAGCAAAGACUGGAAUCCUGCUACCAUUGAAAGCAAGAUCAGGCCCCACUGUGUGUGUGAAGCAGAACAUUGGAGCCAGAACCCUUUACCAUCCCUCUGCUUCUCACCACCACCCCCACCCCCCACAUUGCCCGCAGGACUUGACAUACAGGGCU